GACUCCAGAGUUGGGACCGCGAGUUGCAACGAUCGUGGUGUCUAGUACGCUCAUCUUCGGAGUCGACCCAGACGUAGCCUUCCGGUCCAUAGCCAUGAGUCACUACCUGGGCCUAUCCGCGGUGCUGCUGGUGUGCCUCGCUGUGACUGCCUACUCGCAGACCUUCCAAUACAGCCGUGGAUGGACCAAUGGCAAGCGGCGGGUGGCCGAAAUGCCUCUCGUCGGAGUCCCCCUCCGUGCUUCCAACGAUCACCGGGCCCUGGAUGAAGUCCUCUCGAAAUUCACUCCCCGGGAUCGGAUCGUUUUGGAGAGGCUAGGCCACAUGGUGAGGGUACUUGAUCACGCCGAAGAGGAACAGCAGGAAUACUAGGUAGGGAGAAGGGAAGCUGCUGAACGGUGACCCAGCCACAAGUACUCUGCUGGAGGAUCUAACGGCCCGGGUCUGUGCGCAUCGCCGUGGAGUUUCAAGAACAGGACCCUUAUGCAACGUUGCUUUCACUUUGCCUUCCUGUUGAAUAAAUGUUUCCACGAUC